CCCAACUUAAAACGAGAGUGUGGAGAAAUGAACUACAACUCCCAGGGUACAGCUGGAACGCGCAUGCGUGAUCCACCGAGUUGGCUGCCCCUUGUCGCUUUAGAACCAUGUGAUCUCUGAUGUCAUUGACCGCUCUGUCUCUAUUGGUGGAAGCGAGUUAACGUUGAAAUUUGAAAAAGGUAGAACUCGGGAGGUUUGCUGUACUAACAGAAAGGCGCCUGGCGCUUCCUUGGCGGUGAAGCAGAAUGAAUCUGCAGACCUGGAACAGAGAAAAUAUGACAGAUGACAUAUCUUCUGAAAGCUGUGCAAUUCUCUUCACAUCUCCAGAGGCCACGGGCAGGCCUUCCAUUCUUCGCCCAUCACAGAAAGAAAAUGUGCCACCAAAAGGAAUAGUGAAGCCUAUGAAGGUAACUUUUCAAACUCCUAUGCGGGAUCCCCAGACUCGUAAAAUCCUGAGUCCAGAUAUAAGAAUGAGGAUGGAAGAGAACUGUGGAGAUAAUUCAGAGGAUCUUGUCUUGCCCACACAUGAUGUGAGGCAACAAAAAAUUACAGCAGAAGCAGAUGCAAUAAAAGAGGAGACAGAAACAAAACAAAAGAUCAGUUCUGAUUCUCCAGAUGGUGGGCCAGAAAAAAGCAAAGGAGCACACACACCUGACUUGCCUACUGUAAAUGAUGCAGAUUUAUUCAAGAGCUCUAGUGAUCGUCCAAAUGCUCCAAAACCUCAAGAAAUGUCUCCUUCAAGAGUUUUCACUGGAGCAGAUAUUAGUAUUAAUGCUCUUUCACUUGAUGCAGAUUUCAUGUCUCAAACAGCUAUUGAAGACAUUCCAUCUGAGGAAACAGGCUGCAGAACAGAGUGCUCUUUCUCCUCAGAGUCACUGCAGGAUGUCUAUUUCACAACACAAAUUGUUAGUUCUGAUCAAGCUAUAAAGCUGGCUUCUGACAGAGUUUGCAAAACUGCACCUUUGUCUAUGUCAAACACAGAAAAUCCUUCCUUGCCACAUGUAUUAGAAUCUUAUAACUUUGAGAAUCUCAGCUAUGGUGAAAUAAAAGUGAGGGAUGAUGAGAAGCACAAUACAGGAACAGAGGAAGAUUCUGUGCUCAAAUCAUCUUAUAACUUUGAUUAUGAUAAGUUUGAUCCUAACGUCAACCCAUUUGAAGGUGGUUCCAAAAUACAGAAUCCUAGACAUGAUGGGCUCAGCAUUGAGAAGUCAAAUACCCAAGAGGAAACUUCUUUCUCCAAAGCAGAUUCUGUCCAAAUACAGCAAUGCAUCCUACUAGAUGAAUUGAAGGCUGUAGAAACAACAACUGAAAUACUGAAAGAAAUUGAGAAGCAGAAUGUAACUGAAGGUCAAGAAGAGCAAACUGUGGCUCAAGCAGAAACUCAUGCAGAAUCUUCACAGGAAUUCAUGGUGGCUAAAAGUACCUUACCUUCUGAGACCUCAGGUCCAGAUAAUUCAAAUGGGCAGUUGCUUGUAGAUGACUUGGAUCUCAUAUCCUCCAGUAAGACUGAAAUGGCAGUGAAUGAAAGCAGCCAGGUGGAUACAGAAAAUGAAGAGUUCAGACCACCAUUAGAUGUUUUAGGAAUUGACAUAGAAGUAGACUACCUGGAGCAAUUUGGAAUGUCCUCAUUUAAGGACUCUGUUCUGAGAAAACAAUCUCUUUACUUGAAGUUUGACCCUUUGCUGAGUGAAAGUCCUAAGAAAAGCGGUCCCAGCACCAAUAAAGCAAUGCCUGUAAUUCCUACACUUUUUCAAAAUGGCAGACCAUCCACAAUAGUGGUUUCUGAUGAAGUAAAAACAUCUGACCAUGAAGAAAAACCACUGGGUCUGGAUCUUCUUGGAACCUUCCCAGAUAUGGCCAAAGUCCUUCCAGACAUCCCAACCAGUAGUGACAAUUCAUUGUUUUCUUGUGCUACAUCCACUGAGAAUAUUAUAGACAUGCUGAAAUAUAGUCAGAAAGACAUGGAUGAUGCUGUAGAAAAAGCUAAGCAAGAGAUGGAUGCUGUUGUUAAAAAACUUAGUUCUGAGGUAAAGGAAAAGCAGCAGGAAGCUUUGGAAUGGAAAAUGAAGUAUGAGAAAAUGUAUAUUGAAAAUAAAGAAAUGGGAAAAAUUGUUGCAGAAUUUGAGGGCACCAUAACACAAGUGAUGGAAGAUUCCCAGAGCCAAAAGGAGCUUGCGAAGAAGGAAUUGCAGAGAGUACUGGAUGAGAAACAACAAGUUGUAUCUGAUCUGGACGCCAUGGAAAAAUCUUUUUCUGAGCUCUUCAAACGCUUUGAAAAACAGAAGGAGGCAAUAGAAGGGUUUCAGAGGAAUGAAGAGGCUCUGAAGAAAUGUGUUGAAGAUUACCUUGCCAGAAUUAAGAAGGAAGAGCAGAGAUACCAAGCACUAAAGGCACAUGCGGAAGAAAAGCUACACCAAGCAAAUGAAGAAAUUGCUCAAGUAAGAAGCAAAGCUAAAACAGAAGUAGUGGCACUCCAAGCCACUUUACGCAGGGAACAAAUGAAGAUCCAAUCCCUAGAGAGAAGCAUCGAACAAAAGGCAAAGGAAAAUGAUGAACUUACCAAAAUCUGUGAUGACUUGAUUUCUAAGAUGGAAAAGAUGUGCUAAAUCUCUGCAUUGUCCCAUUUUUCUGUUCUAGUUUUCUUGACAUCUUAGGUUCAUUAAGAAUUAUAAAUAACUACUAGGCUUCAUCUGUACUAGUUAAACUAGUAUUGUUGUUUUUCUAUAAAAUCUUUGACAUGUACUGUGGCUGUUUCAGAAAAACAACUGAGGACCUGGCAAAGGCAUGUAUAUCGUUAUUUUUGUAAAUAAAACUUUUGAUGCACUUUGAUUUUAUAGUUCUAGUUUUUGGACUGUCCUUCCAAGUCUUCAAUAUGUAAGUUGCUUCCCUCGCCUUUGGGCUUUGGGAAUUUUUUUCUCCAGUGUCACCUGUUUGAUACAGAUAUCCAUAAGCUGCAAAAGUAUUUCUUCCAUUUCUGUGUGAAAAGUGUAGAGUUGUUCUUUGUCAACAGACUGCUUUACUUGAACUACUAGAUGACUACUGAGUAGCACUGGAGUGCAAUCUUGAUAAGUGGGGUAUGAGGACAUUUAAUCUGCUAUGUGUUCCACUAGCACUGAGAUGCAGAAAUUUCCUGAACUGAAAGUGUUCCUUUUGAGCUUACCUUUUUCAUUGAACAUAAAUAUUUGUUUUCA